CCAAGGGAGGGGAAGGCAGCGGCUCCGGGUGCGUCUCGCCUGUGGCGGCGGCCCAGGUUUAUGUAGCAAGCCCGCCCGGGCCUCGUUCUCCCCGGGUUGCUGCCUGCACGGCGGCUCCGAACUCCCGGCGGCCCGGCCCGGCUUGCAGCUUCAACCCUGCACUCACCAGGGCCUGGCACAGAGGACACGCCUAAGAAGAUGGUGGAGUGAAUAAAUGAAUGAAUGAAUGAUGAUUGAGUGAUGGAUAAAUGAUCAAGACCUAGGACCCGUGUUCGGAAAUGAAAUCCUGGGGCCAGAGUUCUCGGUCUGGAUACCAGGUACUUCCCCCAACCAGUCCUGCAACUCAAACUUUUUUAAGGGACCGACUUAAGAGCAGAAGGCAAAUAGUGUAAAGCGCACUAGCUAAGGAGUCUCGAGACCUGGGUUAUAGUUACCCACGAUAGAGCCGGUUUCUUGAUCUUUAUAAAGUUGGACUAUCACUACCUUCUUUUCUCUCUAAAGCUCAGUUGAUAGCAUGUACAUGAUAGCACGUAUGGAAAUGUUAACGUCUAACAACAAAAAUUUACUAUCCAUUACUUGCCAAAUAUUACACAGGGUUUAGAGGCGGGGCUACAGGAUGAGUGACCUCAGAGCCUGCCAAAUGGGAAGACGCUUCCACUGUAGUGCUGGAAGAUAUAUGUGUGAGCAGAUUUCUGUGGUAAUGUUUUAAAACACAUUUAUUUGGCACUUAACGUGUACCAGGCACUGUUUUAAGCAGUUGCGCUAAUUUAUUUAGCUUUCACAGCAACGUAUUAUCUAGUUUUUAGUGAGGAAAUUGAGGUACGAGAGAACAGGUAACUUAUCCGAGGACACAUUGCUACUGAAUGACCCAAGGCUGCAGAAGAGAUAGAUCCAGUGUGCUGCUGCAGCCUAGAAGAAUACGUUACUUGGGGCCAACAGGCAAAUCAAGAAGGGCUUCAGAGAAGAGUACAUUUAAGUGUGGUCUUAUUGAAGGAAUUGUAGUUUCAAAUUCUUGGAAAACCCCACCUGGCUUCCCCAGAAUCCUUCUAGAGGGAUAGGGAAGUGGCAGCAGGGAGAAAGCUUACAAGGCAUGAGGAGGAAGCCAGAUCCCUCUUAGUUUAGCAAGAUGAGGAUGGAGAUAUAUAUGUCCGUUCACCAUAAUACCCGUUUUCCCCAAAUCUGGAUUCAGAUAGAUCUUUUCAGCAUCUUAAAAUCACCAAUAGAUUAUUCCACAUUAUGUUUUUGUGGAAGCACCUAUACAUCCUAUUCUGGGCAACUCAGAGGCCAGGGGGACAGCAGACUGUGGCUCAUGUGCUAAAUUUUGGUCUACCACCUGUUUUUGUUAAAAAAAGUUUAUUGAAACACAACCAAGAUCACUUGUUUACAUAUUGUCUAGUUCUGUUUUCAAACUACAAAGGCAAGGUUUGCUAACUUUUGGCGUAGACAAACAGCUCAGAUGAUCCACGACUGGAGGACAGUGGUUGUCACCAACCUGUCCUUCUCAAACAUAAUAAUGCCUAACCCCUGUUGAGUGCCUGAUAUGUGGCAGAUAUCUUUAUAAAUGCUUUACGUGAAUUAAUUAACUCAUUUAGGGAAUUAUCUGGUGGUCCAGUGGUUAGGACUCUGAGCUUUCACGGCUGAGGGCCUGCGUUCAAUCCCUGGGGUCAGGGAACUAAGAUCUCACAAGCUGUGCGGCACAGCCAAAAAAAAAAAAAAAAAAAAAUUUAGGGGUUUCACAGAACGUUGGAGCUGGAAGGACUCGUGGAUAUUAUCUAAUUUGUCACCUUUUUCAGAUAAAUAGCCUGCUCUUGUGGGCUGUGGCAGAGCAUAGUUUCCUGAGUCCCAGCCCAGUCCACUUUGCCACUUUGAUCCUAUUUUGAAAGGGAAACCAAUACCAUAUCCAUUAGGUGUGGCAUUAAAAAGAAAGGUUUUCUUUUGGGGGUGUGCUUAAACCCCUGAGUGAGAUCUCUCAUUUUUAAAUGUUUUAGUGACUAUAAAAGUAAUUCGUGUUUAUUGCAGGAAAAAUGAAAUAUGUAGAAGGAUAUAAAGGACAAAAUAAAGUAACCCAUUAAAUGACCUAGAGAUCAGUUGUUGACAUUUUAGUGGGUUUUCCUCUGUCCUUUUUUAUGUGUGUGUUUUGUAUAUAUCUGUGUAGCAAUAAUAGUUUCUGUUUAUUGAAUGCUUACUUUAGUACUGGUAUAUAUGUGCAUUUUUUUUGUUUCAGUGUUUUGUAGUCUCCUGUUUUAACAUAUUGUAUUUUCUCAUGAAUAUUCUUUGAAAACAUGACUCUUAAUAGUUUCAUAAUCUAUCAUAUUGAUAUGCCAUCAAUGUUUACUUGCCUGUAUUUUUACAGUUAUAGUAACAAUGUGAUCUUUGUACAUAAAUCUCUGUGCUUAUCUCUGAUUAUAUUUUUUUCACUUGUUUUCUGUGAUUACAGAGUUAUUUACUUAUUUCUACAGGAAAACUUUCAAACAUUGCAAAAAGAAAGGCCUUAAAACAAAAGUUUACCAUAAUCUUAUUCCUCAAGAUGAUCAUGGCUAACAAAUUGAUAGAUAUUCUGAGAGAUUUAAGUUUUUUAAAAACAAGGCAAAAUAUAGAUAAUUGAAGAAAUUUGGAAAAUAGAAGAGAAAAUCAUUCAUAAUUUAUAUCACCAUAGUGGUGAUUACCUUUCCUUCUUGAUCUUAUUCAUAUGUAUAUUUUAACAUACAUAUAUUGUAUUUGAAAUUUUAAUAUCCUGUGUUUUUUUUCACAUUUGCCUAUAAGUAUUUUUCCACAUUGUCACAUAUUUUCAUUUUCAAUUAUCUGAUGUCUGUAUAAUUUCCACCAAGUGGAAGUACCAUACUUUGCUAAAUUGCUGAGCCUCAGUGUCCAUCAACAGAAAAAUUGUGUUUUCCAACAACAUUUCAGGGGAUUUUUUUUUUUUUUUUACAGGUAACAAAAGAAUUCAGCUUGGGUUUUUUUCUCCCACUCUGGGAGGUUCCUUCUCUAUGAAAAAGUUCUAACAGUAGAAUUACUAGGUUAAAUAAUAUAGGCAUUUUUAUGACAUACUGAUGACUGAGGAUAUUCUGAGAUCCAUUGCAGGUGUUGUAUAUAGUACAGAUUGAGAAUUUUGUCCUGACUUUCUGUACCUACAAAAUGGUGAUCGUGGUGUCCCAACUGCCACUCAGCCUACAACUUUAAGACCUAAUACACUGGGUUGGCCAAAAAGUUCAUUCGCGUUUUUCUGUAACAUCUUACGAACAAACUUUUUGGCCAACCCAGUAUAUUGCCAGUUAGCUCUAGAAAGAUGGUACCAGUUUACAUUCCCACCAGUGGUGUGUGAGAAGCUCUCGUUCCCUGUACCUUUGCCCGUUUUGAGUUUUAGCAUUAAAGAGAGAGUUUCCAACUUGAUAUAAAAAUUGAUUCUUCAUUCUUUCAGUUCUCAUUUCUUUGAUUACCAGUGAGGUGAAACUUUGUUUUGAUAUGUCUAUUGGCCUUUUGUAAUUCUUGGUGUAUUUGUUGUACUUUGCAUUUUUCUAUCAGUUCAUCUUUUUUCUUUACUCGUUAAUAGGAAGUCUUUUAUUUAUCAGGUCUAUCUACUCCUUGAUGUAUAAAUCAAAAAUACAUUUUUUAACCCUUUACUGGGUUUUGGUUUAUUUUGGCAUGUUGUGUGAGGUAGGAAUCUCACUAAGUGUUUUUUCCAGAUACUUAAGCAACAGUCCCAACAUAAAUUGUGAGUAAUCAAUUUUUUUCUGAUUAGAAAUGCCAAUUUUUAUCAUAUAUUAAAUUAGUUUACUUAUUUCUCUUAGGGAUUAGGAAUCUCUAAAAUUAAAAACCAGAGUUAAACCUCCUUAUAAAUGUGUAAACUCCCUGUUGAGGUUUCCUAGCUACACUCUUUUGAUGAUUUUAUCUGUUACCCCCAGAAUUUCAGUUACCUUUUUUAUGACAAAAACUCUAAAUCCAAGUUUUCAGUCCACACCUCUGUCCUCUGUUCCAUAUAUGUAUGCCUGAUAUUUCAAACUGAAUGUAUCUUUUUCCUCCUCAAACCAGUGUUACCACUCUCACUAAAGGUCACUGUCAUCUCUGAAGCCCCAAACCAGCAAAUUAUCAUUAACUUCUCCUUCUCCCUCACAUCUCGCUCCAGUAGUCAUCCUGUCCUGUUGUUUUUGUCUCUUAGUCAUCCAAGUCCCCUUAUUGGAUUGCUGAAGCAACCUCCCAAGGGAUCCUGCAGCCUUCACCUUGCCUCCUACCUUCCACCCCUUGUACAUGCUUUGCUCUAUGAGCAAAAGGAUAAGUUGUGUGUGUGUGUGUGUAGUAGAAGAUCUAAUCAUGUCACAUAUUUUUCAAACCUUUUCCAAUACUUUUUAUGGCUUUUUGCUCGCUUUAGGGUAAAUUCCUUAAAGUGAUUUGCAGGGUUGUAUUUGCUUGCCCUGGACUUCAUGUCUUAUUUCUAGUGCCUAAUACUUUGGCCUUACUAGAUCUCUUUCAUUCUUCCAAAGUAUGGGGCUUGAUUCCUUUUGUAUAUUCUGUUUCACCUCGCUAGUAUCUUCUUUUCCCUCUUCACCUGUCUAAUUCUUAUUUAUCUCUUCUUAUCUUAUCUAUUCUUAUUUAUCUUCUUAUCUCUAUCCCAGAUUAGAUUAGGUCCCCUCUGCUCUGCAUUCUACAGGACCCAAUAUUUCUCCUUUUAUAAUUCCCUUAUUUGUAACUACUGGUGUUAGUGUCUUUGUUGAGCUGUGACAUAAGCUCUGGGUAGGCGGGGGCAUUUCUGACUUUUUUUCCAUUGUCUAGCUCUGAUUAUAGCCAAACCCCACCCUACUUCAUGAGUCUCUGUAGGAUUCUGCAGUGGGUCCACUUUAUGUCCCUGCUAUGGAAGAGGAUCAGGAAAUCCCAGAUAGGAUCCUCUUAAACCUCUAAAACUCAACACCGAGGCACAGACCUUGAUGAGAAGUCCACAGUGCCAGCCUUAUUAUAUACUUCACCAGACAUCCUAUUCCUCCAUGCCUUCUGAGCUCUUGAUUAUGGUAAACCAUCUCUCUACCUUCUGUUUUUCUUGAAAUAAUGCUUCCAAUUCUACUUCUCACUUCAGGGUUAUAUGGAGAGACAUUUUUGGAUGAACAGUUAUGAUUUUGACUUUCCCAAAACCAGAAACUCUCUAUACUAUUUUUGCAACUCUUUGUAAGUCAAAAAUUAUUUCACAGAGUGUUUUUGUUUUUUCAACUGCAGCCUACACUCUUAUAUUGAGCUAUGCCUGAAGAAAAGAUUUUGAAUUGAUAAGACAUCUUGAAGAAAGGACAAUCAGCAUAUCUCUAGGUUGUAUCAAAUAGAAAUCCCUAAUUACUAUCCAACUCCUUGACAUAUAGGGGAGGUGGGUGAAUCAGACUUAAUGCAUUAGCCUUGCUAUGAGGCCAUUUCCCAACACAACAUUUGACUAUAUUAAUUGACUUUUCAUAUAGAUUAUUGUAUAGUGGAAAGAGUGUACUAAUUGACAUGGAUAUUCCCAUUCACUUCAUAGUUAUUUUUAUCUUUGUAAAUAACAUUCUGAUUUAUUUCUCAAGUACUUGAGUGUUUGCUAAUAUGUCAGUCUGUCUGGCUGCCACUUCUUGGACAGCUGACAAAUGGAGUGUUAACCUAGAAAGCUGGAAGCCACCCCUGACUCUUGGUGAUGCAGGCACGUUGCUGUCCUGACAGGUUUUGUGUGAGUUACCAGAUAGUAUCCUUAGGCAACAGCUCUAUCUCGUUUUUCUGUUUACUGGGACAGUGAUAUCCCCUCCCCCACCUUUUUUUCCUCUAUGAGCAGGGCUCCCAGUUUUUCAACCUUGAAGUCUUUUACAGUCAAAGCAAAGUGAAGAUUUGUGGAUGUUGAAUAUGCAAGGAGCUGAAAAGAGAGAGAUUGAAAGAGAGAUUUGUCCAGGAAUGCUGGGGUGAAUGUGAGUGAGCAUCUAUUGAGUGAGCAUCUCUUGAGGCCAGCUUUUCCCUGGUUGGGUGAACAAGCCUGCUGCAGAGCAGGAUGGCUCUGAAAUUGAUUUGCCAGGGAUAGCAUCAAAGAGAUCCCAAGAGGAUGAAUACCAGGAUUCUACAUUUGAAGAAAAAUAUGUAUGUGAGAGCAUGAAGGAAAACCCUCCCAGAGAGGUCUCUGGACCAUGCCUUUUCCAAGAAGGUUUUGGGGGAAUAGCUUUCAUCCACAAGGAAGCACCUCCAGAAAUGAUUAGACAAGAAUAUAAUUUUGAGAGAAGCCUGCUUUUGACCUCAAGCCUUGUUACACAUCUCAGGGUUUCUACAGAAGAGAGCCUACAUCAGUGGGAGACAAGUAGCAUAUACACCAAUGAGAUUUCAGACCAAAGUAAAUGUCCGAUCUUCUCUACACAGAAAAAAUCUUGGAAAUGUAGUGAAUGUGGAAAAACUUUUAAUCAGAGCUCAUCCUUUACCCAGCAUCAGAGAACUCAUACGAGACCCUACACAUGUGAGGAAUGUGGGAAAACUUUUAGUCGUAGCUCAUUCCUUGUUCGACAUCAAAGAAUUCACACCGGAGUGAAACCAUAUGGAUGUGAGCAGUGUGGGAAAACAUUUCGAUGUCGAUCAUUUCUUACUCAGCAUCAGAGAAUCCACACUGGAGAGAAACCGUAUAAAUGUAAUGACUGUGGGAAUUCCUUCCGCAAUCAUUCACAUCUCACUGAACACCAAAGAAUUCACACUGGAGAGAAACCUUAUAAAUGUAAUAGAUGUGGGAAGGCAUUCAGUCAGAACACACACCUCAUUCAUCAUCAGAGAAUUCACACUGGUGAGAAACCUUAUUUAUGCAAUGAAUGUGGCUCUUCGUUUCGCAAACACUCAAAUCUUACACAACAUCAGAGAAUUCACACUGGGGAAAAGCCCUAUAAAUGUGUUGAAUGUGGGAAGACUUUCCAUACAAAGGCAAACCUCUCUCAGCAUCAGAGAAUUCAUACUGGAGAGAAACCCUAUAAAUGUAAAGAAUGUGGGAAAGCGUUUUGUCAGAGCCCAUCCCUUAUUAAACACCAGCGAAUUCAUACUGGAGAAAAACCCUAUAAGUGUAAGGAAUGUGGCAAAGCUUUUGCUCAGAGCACCCCACUCACUAAACAUCAGAGAAUUCAUACAGGGGAAAGACCGUACAAAUGCAGUGAGUGUGGUAAAGCUUUCAUUCAGAGCAUUUGCCUUAUUCGGCAUCAGAGAAGCCACACCGGAGAAAAACCCUAUAAAUGCAAUGAAUGUGGGAAGGGCUUUAACCAGAAUACCUGCCUCACUCAGCAUAUGAGAAUUCAUACUGGAGAGAAGCCCUAUAAAUGUCAAGAAUGUGGGAAAGCCUUUGCUCACAACACGUCUCUUACUGAACAUCAUAGAACUCACACUGGUGAGAAGCUCUAUAAGUGUAGUGAGUGUGAGAAAACCUUCCGCAAGUAUGCACACCUUAGUGAACAUUACAGGAUUCACACUGGUGAGAAGCCUUAUGAAUGCUUUGAAUGUGGAAAAUUCUUCAGACAUAGUUCAGUCCUUUUCAGACAUCAGAAACUUCACAGUGGUGAAUAAACCUGGCAUUCAGGUUAUGACAGUUCUCUAGAGACAGUGACUAGGAAUCUGGCUGGGGAAGAGGGACAGGAAGAGUUCCUAGAGGAAAGGAUAAAGGAGCCUUGGAUACUGCACUCAGGAGGGUAUUUUGAGAAAUGGAGGUGGGAGCUUGGAGAAUGCAGAGCCUACUCCAGGUGGGCAUCUGGGAAUACAGGGUAGGAAAGAAGUUCCUACUUUUCACAGAAAUCCUUGCUCUUUGCCAUUCCUUUGUCUCCAUGGCAUUCUCAUACCUGGAGAUGCCAUUUAAGUUAGCACUGUGUUUCCCUUAUUACACCCCUGCUUCACCCUCCCAACUUGUCACCUGUGUUCACUGGUCAUAGGCUGAGGUGCUUUUCCAAAUUGAUUGUCGGUGUGAAAGUGGCAGCAGCUCUGAGGUAGUGCUGAGUAGCCUGCAGAUGCCUGAGGCCGCUCUGACUAUGCCACCGUGGGGAGGCUGCCCAUCUGUGGAGGCGUUCCCGUGAAGGGGAGAUAGAAACAAGUGAAAACAGAAUCCUUAGUCAUUCAUCUAUUCAGCAAAUAAGGGGAUAUGUGGCAAGAGCUGGGUUGAUUGCUACAGAAAAAUUGGUGAAGAAGGCUUUUAUCAGGGUGAGGGAGCGCUUCCUGAUCCUUUCAAGCUGGAGGGUGACUUGGGGCUAAGAAGGAAAUAAGAGAUCAAGAGAGACUUCUCUUGAAUGAUGUCAGUUUGUGGAAAGGAAGUCAGAUCUGCUCAGAGGAAGCAGAGAGGAAGACCUCUUUCCCAGAGGAAUAUUAUCUUACCCAGAAAGAAAAUGGUUUGUGCUAGACUGCUAGUGCUAAGAAGCCUCAGAGCAGGAAACCUGCCUGUGACUGAGCAAGCUACCCACAUAUCCCUGUCCUAGACUAGGGCAUACACCUGUCUCUUGUAAGUUUGGCUGGGACACUAGUGCACAGGGACCGGGGAGAGGGGCCCACUAGGAUUAACAAAGUGGGACUUGGUUUGUUAGCCUUUAGAGAGGAGAAAGCAUUAGUGAUGAAGUGGUCACCAUAAUGGGGAUGGCUAGGUUUUGUGUAAUCAUGGCAUUGGUGGCUCUAACCAUGGAUUCAUUAGAUCUCAGAUAUUUCUGUUUUUAUUGGGCCUCUUUUUCCAGGAUAUUUAUCAUUCCCUGCGGAUUAGGAGUAUCUAGGGAAACACUUCUCGUGGGAUGAAUUUGGAAAGAAUUCUAGAGAGAAUUACCUCUUUUUCAAAUCCCUGAAAAUUGAGAUAACAUGGUUUGCCAUGACUGAUGGUAUUUUAUUCUUUUGAGAGAAAGGAAGGACAUGUUUCCCCUUUAUUUCCCCAUUCUCUUUCAUGUUUUUAACUGCUACCCAGAGAUUCAGCUCUGGAAGAUUAAGUGAUCUUAAAUUAGCCUUUGACUAGUAUUUGAAAUAGUUUCUAUGCUCUGAAGCUUAUAUAGUUUUUAAAAUAUGACUGUUUAAAAACUAAAGUAAGUUAAUUCUGGAAUGGUUAUUUGGAACUCAGCAUCGAUUUCUUUUUUUUUUCCAGAGCAAGUAUCUUACAAGCAUUGGUUUGAGCAAUUAAUUACCAAUAAUGGGAAUGUGGCAGAAAUAACAUAUUUUCCCUCUUCAGCUGUAAAGAUUAUGUUCUCAAAUCUGCCGUAGGACAAUUCAUAAUUAAGUAAAUUAAUAUCUUAUGGGCAAAAAUAACCCUAUGAAAACUUUACAUUUUAUGCUCAUGGAAAAAAAAUAUAGUCUACUGAAAGCAAAUGUCAAUGUAUUUUUUUUCUAAAUGAAAAAAACCACUAAACUCAUUGCUAGCAUGUAGUAAAUGUUCAAUAAAUUUUUAUUUGUUGAAUUAAUA